AAUACAACCUGGUCGCCAACCCGAAGAAAUCGUUCUUCGAGCUCACCGAAAUCGAGUUCCUCGGAUACAUCCUUGCCCCAGCAGGCGUCACCAUGGCACUGGAUAAGGUUAUGUCUGUUACGAAUUGGCAAGCCCCGCGCAGCGGUAAGGAAGUACAAAUCUUCAUGGGCUUUGCCAACUUCUACAGAAGGUUUAUCCUUAUCACGGGGACC